AUGGAUUCUUGGGAGGAUCAAGUUAGAAGAUUCAUGUUAGAUGAGGAAGAAGAGGAUGACGAGCUAUUUCUAAUUAUGGUCCCUGCGCUUCAAUUGUGCAUGUACGACGAGAAGAUGCCAGAGCACACCUCAUCUCUAUUUGGGGCACAAAGGGUAAAAGAAAUUUUAGAAGGUCAUGAGAGGUGGUGCAAAGUGGAAUUUAGGAUGGAGUCUCAUAUUUUUAGAGCAGUAGCACAUUUUCUCAGAGUGGAGAAUUUAUUACGUGAUACCCGUGGUGUUAAGAUUGAGGAGCAGUUAGGAAUGUUUAUGUUCAUGCUCUCUCAUAAUGCUAGCACCAAGAGGCUAAAAAAGAAAUUCCAACAUAGUGGAGAGACAAUACAUCGGAAAAUUACGGAGGUCUUUGAUAUAAUUCCAGCUCUCACUCGUAGAUUUGUGAAGCUGCCAAAUGUAAACCAGACUCAUGUCAAGAUUGCUUCUGAUCCUCGAUAUAUGCCUUUCUUCCUUGUUAGUAAUAGGUAUUAAAUAUUUGCGCUAAUCACAACUUCACAACACAUGGUUCCAACACUCAUUCCUUGGAUUUCUUUUCUUUUCUUUAAUGCAGAACUGCAUUGGUGCUAUAGAUGGUACUCAUGUCCCAAUCACCAUUUCAGAAGAAAGAGCAGCUCCUUACAGAAAUAGGAAGGGAACAUUGUCACAAAAUGUGAUGUGCGUCUGUGACUUUGAUCUGAAAUUUACUUUCAUCUCAUGUGGGUGGGAGGGAUCAGCAUAUGAUGCGGGAGUCCUUCGAUCUGCUCGUAGUAAGGGCUUUGACGUGCCAGUGGGGAAGUUUUACCUUGUAGAUGGUGGAUACGCAAACACACCCUCAUUCAUUGCUCCUUACCGAGGUGUUAGAUACCACCUUAGCGAGUUUAGGAGGCAUAGAUCAUAUGCAAACUAUAAGGAACUGUUUAACACUGGCAUGCUCAACUCCGUAAUCAUAUUGAAAGAGCUUUUGUUGUGCUGAAAAAACGGUUUCAAAUUCUCAAAGUGGGGACCUUCCAUCCAAUUGAUAAUCAAAUUAAAAUUCCAGCAAUAGUGGCGGUCUUUCACAAUAUCAUUAGAAGGCAUCAUGGCGAUGAAGGGUGGUUGGAUCACCAACCAAAUAAUAUAAACCCAGAGGACUUUGUUGACCUGCUAAAGGGGGAUGAUGACUACCCAAAUGAAGUGGAAUCAAAUGAUGGAAACACCCUACGAGACCAAAUUGCUCUUCAAAUGUGGGCUCAUUACAAUAAUUAGUUGAUGCUUAUGUGUGGUUAUUGUAAUGUACUCUAAGUUUUACUCUAUGGCAUGUAAUACAUACAAAUGUGGGCUCAGUACAAUAAUUAGUUGAUGCUUAUGUGUGAUUAUUGUAAUGUACUCUUAAGUUUUACUCUAUGGCAUGUAAUAUAUACUUUAUGUAAUGUAAUCUGGGUGUCUUAAUUGCUCCA